CAGCAGAGCGCGACUGCCCUACAACGCACCAAAUUUGUAGAGCUCUUUUUGCUAGUGGUUGCCAUGGUUGACAUGAGGUGCACGCGCUCCCUUCUCGCCGGCGUCCUCCUCGCUGGCUUGAUCGGCGUCGCCGUACUCGGCGCCGGUGACGACCAGUUCGUCUACACGGGCUUCACCGGCGCGCCGCUCUCCCUGGACGGCACGGCCAUCAUCACGCGGACCGGGCUCCUCGAGCUGACCAACGGCACGGCCCAGCUCCAGGGCCACGCGGUGCACCCGACGCCGCUCCGGUUCCAGAGGACGCCCGGCGGCCCCGUUCGCUCCUUCUCGGCGUCGUUCGUGUUCGGCAUCAUCCCGCCCUACUCUGACCUGAGCGGCCACGGCAUCGUAUUCUUCGUCGGGAAGGACAACUUCUCGUCCGCGCUGCCCAGCCAGUACCUGGGCCUCCUCAACUCCCAGAACAACGGCAACGCCACCAACCACAUCUUCGGCGUCGAGCUCGAUACCAUUCAGAGCACCGAGUUCAAGGACCCCAACGACAACCAUGUUGGCAUCGACAUCAACAGCCUCAAGUCCGCCAGUGUGAAUACCGCCGGCUACUACGACGACAAUACCGGUGCGUUCCACAACUUGUCCCUGAUCAGCGGCAAGCCCAUGCAAGUCUGGGUGGAUUACGACGGCGAGUCCACGCAGAUCAACGUGUUCUUGGCUCCCCUGAAGAUGGCCAAGCCUUCGAAGUCUUUGGUGUCGGCCACGCACAACCUCUCGGAAGUGCUCGUGGACCCGGCGUACGUUGGCUUCUCGUCCUCGACGGGCACAGUAAGGUCGUUCCACUACGUUCUCGGCUGGAGCUUUGCCAUGGACGGCCCUGCUCCGGCCAUAGACAUCGCCAGCCUGCCCAAGCUGCCAAGGUUUGGCCCGAAGGCACGGUCCAAGGUCUUGGAUAUUGUGUUGCCAAUAGCCACCGCGGCGUUCGUCCUCAGCGUGGUCGUCGUUGUGGUUCUGCUCGUCCGGAGGCGGCUGAAGUACGCCGAGGUGCGAGAGGAUUGGGAGGUUGAGUUCGGUCCACACCGAUUCUCAUACAAGGACUUGUUUCGCGCAACAGAGGGAUUCAAGAGCAAGAUGCUGCUUGGAAUCGGAGGAUUUGGGAGAGUGUACAAGGGAGUGCUUCCAAAAUCCAAAUUGGAGGUUGCGGUCAAGAGGGUGUCACACGAAUCAAGACAGGGUAUAAAGGAGUUCGUCGCGGAGGUUGUUAGCAUUGGCCGUCUCAGACACCGCAACCUUGUGCAGUUGCUCGGUUACUGCCGAAGGAAAGGUGAACUUCUUUUGGUUUACGACUACAUGCCGAAUGGGAGUCUUGAUAAAUACUUAUACGGACACGAGGAUAAGGCCACUCUGGAUUGGGCACAGAGGUUCCGAAUCAUCAAAGGUGUCGCAUCAGGCUUGCUAUACAUCCAUGAAGAUUGGGAGCAAGUUGUCAUCCACCGCGACAUCAAGGCGAGCAAUGUCCUACUCGAUAGUGAGAUGAACGGGCGGCUAGGAGACUUUGGUCUCGCAAGGUUGUAUGACCAUGGAGCUGACCCGCAGACAACCCAUGUCGUGGGCACCAUGGGUUACCUUGCCCCAGAGCUGGCACGAACAGGAAAAGCUUCCCCUCUCACCGAUGUGUUUGCCUUUGGUGCCUUCAUCCUUGAAGUCACCUGUGGGCGGAGACCUGUGGAGCAGAGCAUGUCAGACAGCCGACUCAUGCUGGUUGAUUGGGUGCUCGAGCACUGGCAGAAGGAAUCACUAUCUGAGGUGGUUGAUGCAAAGCUUCAGGGUAAAUACGACGCCGAUGAGGCGAUCCUGGCGUUGAAGCUAGGGUUGCUGUGUUCGCAUCCGUUACCCAGUGUGAGGCCUAGCAUGCGGCAGGUCAUGCAGUACCUCGAAGGCGACAUGCCCUUCCCUGAGCUGACGCCGUCGCACCUAAGCUUCAGCAUGCUAACUCUGAUGCAGAACGAAGGAUUUGAUUCGUUUGUCAUGUCGGCGUCGCAUCCGUCGUCGACGGCGAUGAGUAUCGGGACGAUGACUGGCCUCUCCGGAGGGAGAUAACAUGUGUGUUGUGUUAGGCGUCAGUACGAGUAUGAAUGCACAAGGGGGUGCCAUGAGUAUAGCAAGCAUUAGUCAGUUCUCUACUUCUCUUGGUUGUAAAUCUGUGCAACAUUAGUCAGUUCUCUUGGUUGUAAAUCUGUGCAAUAUAUGAGUUGGCUGCACUAGUGACAUACAUGCUGGAAGUA